AUGAGUCAAGACGAUUUAAAUUUUAUGACAGCUACACAAUUAUAUGACCUGAGGUUGCACAAACAAAUAAACAAUUUACCAAAUUCGGAUAUUACUUUCGAUGAGGAUGAUAAUGUAGAUCUUAAUCAAGGUGAUAACGAAGAGAUACGAUUUGUGGCACCUUCGCAAAGUGAUAUCAAUGAUACAAUUAAUUAUGCAGGCGUAAAGAAUACAAGCCAUAAUACCAAAACUUGGGUCAACACAAUUAAUAAGUAUUUCAAAGAUACAAACCUUAUGGGUGAUAUUACACAAAUCAAUGAUUAUUCUGAAUUGGAAACUAUUCUUAUUAAUUUCUUUGUGGCGCUAAAAAAAAAAGAUGGUCAAUUCUAUGCACCUAAGUCAAUUCAUAAUUGUUAUUGUGGAAUCGCCCGUCAUUUACAAAUGAAUUCUUGUCAAAAUUCCAAGCCAAAUAUACUUGAUAAAAACCAGUUUUCACAUUUAUAUUCAACAAUUGAUGGAAAAAUAAAGUUAGUUCAAGAUCAAAUUCUCGACAAGCUAAUAAAAAAUCUUCUAGAAGAUACACCAACCUCUAUUACGUAUUGUGUAUAUUUUUGGUUAAGUCUUCUAGGUGGAUUUCGAGUUGGAGAUGUGAAGUGGCUCAAGUUCAAUCAUGUGAAAAUAGAUGCAGAUAAAAGUCUAAAAAUUACAAUUCCACGUGAAAAAAAUCAUGCAGGUGGAUUAAAAAAUUUAAACAAUUCAGGUCAG